AGUGCCCAGGAGGUGCCAGGUCCCCUUGCAAUGGAAGGGGCAGUUGUGCAGAAGGCAUGGAAGGGAACGGAAGCUGUUCCUGCCAGGACAGGUUUGGGGGAGCUGCCUGUGAAACCUGUAUGGAUGACAAUGUAUUUGGACCCAGCUGCUCAGCAGUGUGCAGCUGUGUGCACGGCAUGUGCAACAGUGGGAUAGAUGGUGACGGAAGCUGUGAGUGCUACUCCGGGUACACUGGCCCAAACUGUGACAAGCCCAUCCCUGAAUGUGCAGACUUGCUCUGCCCAGAAAAUUCCAGAUGCUCGCCGUCCAGCCAAGAUGAAACAAAACUAGUAUGCAAGUGUCUUCCCAAUUACCAAGGUGAUGGCCAAUACUGUGAACCCAUCAAUCCAUGUUUAAAAGAAAUAUGCCAUCCUCACGCUCUUUGUACGUACCUGGGACCAAAUCAGCACAAUUGCACGUGCCACGAAGGCUACCAUGGGGAUGGCCAAGUGUGCUUACCAGUAGACCCCUGCCAGACUAACUAUGGAAGCUGUCCUACAAAGUCUACAGUGUGCAUAUAUGAUGGGCCUGGACAGUCUCACUGUGAGUGUAAGGAACAUUACCACAAUUAUGUGUCCGGAGUGGGGUGCAGUGUGAUCGAUGUCUGUACCCUCAAUAACCCCUGUCAUAGGAAUGCUAACUGCACUACCAUCGCACCAGGCCAAUCCAAAUGCACUUGCCAGAAAGGUUAUGUGGGUGACGGCUCAACAUGUUAUGGAAACAUCAUGGAGCGACUCAGAGAAUUAAACACUGAACCCAGAGGAAAAUGGCAAGGAAGGCUGACCUCUUUCAUCUCGCUCCUGGACAAAGCUUAUGCCUGGCCACUAAGUAACCUUGGACCAUUCACUGUGCUCUUGCCCACAGACAAUGGACUAAGAGGAUUCAGUGUAAAAGAGCUCUUGAUGGAUAAGGAGGCGGCCCAGUACUUUGUGAAACUCCAUGUAAUUGCUGGGCAGAUGAACACUGAGUGUAUGAAUAACACAGGCACUUUCUAUACCUUGACUGGAAAGUCGGGAGAAAUCUUCAGUGGUGAUAAGGACAAUCAAAUAAAGCUUAAACUCUAUGGAGGCAAAAAGAAGGCAAAAAUUAUACAAGGGAACAUAGUUGCUUCCAACGGGCUCCUGCACAUCCUCGACAGAGCCAUGGACAAGAUGGUACCCACAUUUGAGAGCAACACUGAGCAAACCAUAAUGGCAAUGCUACAACCAAGAUACAGCAAGUUCCGAUCUUUGCUAGAGGAAACCAAUGUAGGACAUGCUUUAGAUGAAGAUGGGGCUGGUGGACCAUACACCAUUUUUGUUCCAAGUAACAAAGCAUUAAAUAACAUGAAGGAUGGCACUCUUGAUUACCUCCUUUCUCCAGAGGGAUCUCGGAAGCUUCUGGAACUGGUCAGAUACCACAUUAUCCCAUUUACUCAGCUUCAAGUGGCCACUCUCAUUUCAACCCCACACAUUAGGAGCAUGGCCAACCAGAUCAUACAGUUCAACACAACCAACAACGGACAGAUUCUGGUAAAUGGUGUGGCAAUGGAAGACACUGAGGUCACCGCCAAAAAUGGCCGAAUCUACACCCUGACUGGAGUUCUCAUUCCUCCCUCCAUCGUGCCCAUCUUGCCCCACAGAUGCGAUGAAACCAAGAGAGAGAUGAAACUGGGCACCUGUGUGAGCUGUUCCCUGGUGUAUUGGAGCAAAUGUCCUGCUAACUCCGAGCGCACAACGCUCUUCACACACAGAUGUGUCUACACUGGCAGAAUAAGGAGCCUGAAGAGUGGCUGUGCCAGAUACUGUAACGCCACCGUGCAGAUACCGAAGUGCUGCAAAGGCUUCUACGGGCCAGACUGCAACCAGUGUCCAGGAGGCUUCUCGAAUCCGUGCUCGGGGAACGGCCAGUGCGCAGACGGCCUCGACGGCAACGGGACGUGCAUUUGCCAGGAUGGCUUCCAAGGCUCCCGGUGUCAGUUCUGCUCCGAUCCCAAUAAAUACGGACCCCGGUGUGACAAAAAAUGUCUGUGUAUUUACGGAACGUGCGAUAACAGGAUCGACAGCGACGGGGCCUGCCUGGCCGGCACGUGCCGAGAAGGCUCCACGGGGACGUUCUGCCACAAGCAGACCUCAGCCUGUGGGCCCUAUGUGCAGUUCUGUCAUAUCCACGCCACCUGUGAAUACAGCAAUGGGACAGCAAGCUGUGUUUGCAAAGCAGGCUACGAAGGGGACGGAAGCCUCUGUUCGGAGAUGGACCCUUGCACAAGAUUAACCCCAGGAGGCUGCAGCCCCAAUGCAGAAUGCAUCAAAACUGGCACAGGUACCCACGCAUGCGUGUGCCAGGAGGGAUGGACGGGGGAUGGCAGAGACUGCUCAGAGAUUAACAACUGCCUGCUGCCCGGCACUGGCGGCUGCCACAUCAAUGCCACCUGUUUGUAUGUGGGUCCCGGGCAGAAUGAGUGUGAAUGCAAGGAAGGAUUUCGAGGCAAUGGGAUUGACUGCGAAGCUGUGCCUUCGUGCUUGGAACAAACAGGGAAAUGUCAUCCACUGGCAACCUGUCAGUUUACUUCUUCUGGCCUCUGGAGUUGUGUUUGCCAAGAGGGCUAUGAAGGAGACGGCCUUCUGUGCUAUGGAAAUGCAGCCGUGGAAUUGUCAUUUCUCUCUGCGGCAGCUAUAUUUAACCAGUGGAUAAAUAAUGCUUCUCUACAAGCCAUGCUGUCAGCCACCUCAAACCUCACGGUUCUCGUGCCCUCCCCACAAGCUAUUGAGAACAUGGACCAAGAUGAAAAAGACUUUUGGUUGUCCAAGAGCAAUAUUCCAGCCCUAAUAAAAUACCACAUGCUACUAGGCACAUAUGGAGUGGCAGAUCUGCAGGCUCUGUCACCUUCUGACAUGCUGGCAACGUCUUUGCAGGGCAACUUCCUUCACCUGGCGAAGGCAGAUGGGAAUAUCACAAUCGAAGGAGCAUCUGUCAUUGACGGUGACAACGCAGCCACAAAUGGUGUGAUACACAUCAUCAACAAGGUGCUGGUUCCCCGAAGAAGUCUAACUGGCUCCCUACCAAACCUGCUCAUGCGGUUGGACCAGAUGCCCGACUAUUCCAUCUUCCGGGGCUACAUCAUUCAAUAUAAUCUGGCGAGUGCGAUCGAGACAGCUGAUGCUUAUACAGUGUUUGCUCCAAACAACAACGCCAUUGAGAAUUACAUCCGGGAGAAGAAGGUUGCAACUCUAGAGGAGGACGUGCUCAGGUAUCACGUGGUCUUGGAGGAGAAACUCCUGAAGAAUGACUUGCACGACGGCAUGCACCGGGAGACCAUGCUGGGCUUCUCCUACCUCGUAGGCUUCUUCCUCCGCGACGGCCAGCUCUACGUAAAUGAGGCUCCCAUAAACUACACCAAUGCAGCCACUGACAAGGGAGUGAUCCACGGUUUGGGGAAAGUUCUGGAAAUUCAGAAGAACAGAUGUGACAAUAACGACACUACUAUUGUACGAGGAAAAUGUGGGAGGUGUUCCCAGCAGCUGAUCUGCCCGGUUGGAACUAAACCACUAGGUGAAGAGACGAGGAGAUGUAUCUACACCUUUUAUUUCAUGGGCAAGCGAUCCCUGCUUAUUGGGUGCCAGCCAAAUUGUGUGAAAACCAUCAUUACGCGGGAGUGCUGUGCCGGCUUCUUUGGCCCCCAGUGCCAGCCCUGCCCGGGGAAAGCCGAGAACGUCUGCUUUGGAAACGGGAUCUGCUUGGACGGACUGAACGGCACCGGCGUGUGCCAGUGUGGAGAGGGCUUCCGGGGCACGGCCUGCGAGACCUGCACCGACGGCAAGUACGGCCCCCACUGCGACCAAGCGUGUUCUUGUGUCCACGGGAGAUGCAACCAGGGACCCUCGGGCGACGGCUCCUGUGACUGUGAGGUUGGCUGGCGAGGAGUGAGAUGUGACAGUGAGAUCACAAAAGACAACUGCAAGGGCCUCUGCCACACCAGCGCCAACUGCCUCCUCAGUCCGAACGGCACAGCCUUAUGCAGAUGUGCAGCAGGAUUCCAAGGCAACGGGACAGUCUGCACAGCCAUCAACGCCUGUGAGACCAGCAACGGAGGUUGCUCUGCCAAGGCUGACUGUAAAAGAACCACUCCAGGAAGCCGGGUGUGUGUGUGCAAGGCAGGCUACACGGGCGAUGGCAUCGUAUGUCUAGAGAUCAACCCGUGUUUGGAGAACCAUGGUGGCUGCCACAAGAACGCAGAGUGCACUCAGACGGGACCCAACCAGGCGGUCUGUAACUGUCUGCCCAAGUACACUGGCAACGGGAAGGUCUGCACGCUCAUCAACGCCUGCUUAACGAAAAAUGGCGGCUGUAGUGAAUUUGCCAUCUGCAAUUACACUGGAGAAGGAGAUAGGACGUGCACUUGCAAGCCAAACUACAUUGGGGAUGGGUUUACCUGCCGUGGCAACAUCUAUCAGGAGCUUCCCAAGAACCCCAAAACGUCUCAGUACUUCUUUCAGCUGCUGGAGCAUUCUGUGCGGGAUCUGAGUGGCCCGGGCCCUUUCACGGUCUUUGCUCCUUUAUCAGCAGCUUUUGAUGAGGAGCCUCGGGUUAGAGACUGGGACAGACAGGGUCUCAUGCCCCAAGUUCUUCGUUACCAUGUGAUCGCCUGCCACCAGCUGCUUCUAGAAAACCUGAAGCUGACCCCAAACGCUACCUCUCUCCAAGGGGAGUCACUCGUCAUCUCCGUCUCUCAGGACACAGUAUAUAUAAAUAAUAAGGCUAAGAUCAUAUCCAGUGAUCUCAUCAAUACCAAUGGCAUCAUCCACAUCAUAGACAAAUUGCUGUCUCCCCAAAACCUGCUUGUCACCCCCAAAGAUGCCUCUGGACGGAUCCUGCAAAAUCUUACAACAGUGGCAAUAAACCACGGCUACACCAAAUUUAGCAACCUGCUACAGGAUGUGGGCUUGUUGGGCGCCAUCACUGACCCCAUCCACACUCCGGUCACUCUCUUCUGGCCCAGCGACCAAGCCCUGCAAGCCCUCCCCCGUGAACAACAGGAUUUCCUGUUCAAUCAAGACAACAAGGACAGGCUGAAGGAGUAUUUGAAGUUCCAUGUGAUCCGAGAAGCCAAGAUUUUAGCGGUGGAUCUCCCCCGCUCUGCUGCCUGGAAGACCCUGCAAGGCUCCGAGCUGGGCGUGAAGUGUGGUGUCGGCGGGAACAUUGGCGAGCUCUUCCUCAAUGGCCAAACAUGCAGAAUUGUGCAGCGAGAACUCUUGUUUGACCUGGGCGUGGCCUACGGCAUUGACUGCCUCCUGAUUGAUCCCACCCUGGGGGGCCACUGUGACACUUUUGCCACCUACGAUUUUUCGGGAGAUUGUUGGAGCUGUGCCAAUACCCCCAGCUGCCCAAGGUGGAGUAAACCAAAGGGCGAGAAGCAAAAGUGUCGUUACAACCUGGCCUCCAGAGGGUACCUGGAAGGCUGCCAGGAGCAGUGCAUCAUGGUGAUUCGGCUGCCCAAGUGCUGCAAGGGCUACUUCGGGCGAGACUGUCAGGCCUGCCCUGGCGGAGCAGAUACCCCUUGUAAUAACCGGGGGGUCUGCCUCGAUCGGUACUCAGGCACAGGAGAGUGUAAAUGCCAAACCGGCUUCAACGGGACGGCGUGCGAGCUGUGCCUGCCAGGGAGAUUCGGGCCUGACUGUCAGUCCUGUGGCUGCUCAGACCACGGACAGUGUGAUGAUGGCAUCACGGGCUCGGGGCAGUGCCUCUGCGAGACGGGGUGGACGGGCCGCUUCUGCGACACCCAGGCAGUUUUGCCCCCAGUGUGCACACCUCCUUGUUCUGCGCAUGCCACCUGUAAGGAGAACAACACAUGCGAGUGUAACCUGAGCUACGAGGGGGACGGAAUCACAUGCACAGCUGUGAAUUUCUGCAAGCAGAACAACGGGGGCUGCGCCAGGGUCGCCAGGUGUUCCCAGAAGGGCACGAAGGUCUCCUGCAGCUGUCAGAAGGGCUACAAGGGCGACGGCCGCAGCUGCACAGAGAUCGACCCCUGUGCCGAUGGCCUCAAUGGCGGGUGUCAUGAGCAUGCCACGUGCAAGAUGACUGGCCCGGGCAAGCACAAGUGUGAAUGUAAAAGUCAUUACGUGGGAGACGGGAUGGACUGCGAGCCGGAGCAGCUGCCCGUGGACCGCUGUUUGCAGGACAACGGGCAAUGCCAUGCUGAUGCCAACUGCGCCGACCUCCACUUCCAAGACACCACCGUCGGAGUGUUCCAUCUACGCUCCCCACUGGGCCAGUAUAAACUGACCUUUGACAAAGCCGUAGAGGCCUGUGCCAAGGAAGCAGCGACCGUGGCAACCUACAACCAGCUCUCCUAUGCCCAGAAGGCCAAGUACCACCUCUGUUCAGCAGGCUGGCUGCAGAGCGGGCGGGUCGCUUACCCCACGGCCUAUUCCUCCCAGAACUGUGGCUCCGGUGUUGUGGGAAUUAUAGACUAUGGACAGAGAAACAACAAGAGUGAAAUGUGGGAUGUCUUCUGCUAUCGGAUGCAAGAUGUGAACUGUACCUGCAAGGUCGGCUACGUGGGAGAUGGCUUCUCGUGCAGUGGGAAUCUGUUGCAGGUCCUGAUGUCCUUCCCCUCGCUGACAAACUUCCUGAGGGAAGUGCUGGCCUAUUCCAACAGCUCGGCCCGAGGCCGGGCGUUCCUGAAACGCCUCACGGACCUGUCAAUCCGCAGCACCCUCUUUGUGCCACAGAACAGCGGGCUGCGGGAAAAUGAGACGCUGUCUGGGCGGGACAUUGAGCACCACCUCACCAACCUCAGCAUCUUUUUUUACAAUGACCUUGUCAACGGUACCAUCCUGCAAACUAAGCUGGGAAGCCAGCUGCUCAUCACCGCCAGCCAGGACCAGCAACAACUGGAGACCAGGUUUGUGGAUGGAAGAGCCAUUCUUCAGUGGGACAUCUUUGCCUCCAAUGGGAUCAUUCAUGUCAUCUCCAGGCCUUUAAAGGCACCCCCUGCCCCACUGGCCUCGGUCCACGCUGGCUUGGGGACAGGGAUAUUCUUUGCCACCAUCCUGAUCUUUGGAGCCGCUGCUUUGGCUGCCUAUUCUUACUUUCGACUGAACCGGAGAACAAUUGGCUUCCAGCAUUUUGAGUCGGAGGAGGAUAUCAACGUUGCAGCCCUCGGGAAGCAGCAGCCUGAGAAUAUACCAAACCCCUUAUAUGAGAGCACACCCUCUGCUCCCCCAGAACCUUCCUACGACCCCUUCCUGGACACUGAAGACCAGCAGCUGGACAGCAGUGACCCCCUGGGGGCGCUGUGAGGGCCCAGACCUGCGGCGGCGGCCACCCCCCACGGCCAGUAGCCAUCAGCCAGAGCCUCCUCCAAAAGGCUGUCAACUGUGAAUCCUCGGCACCACCUGCCUUUCAGAAAGGAAGGUCCUUUAAUGUUUUACAGUAGGAAGCACUCAAGCCAUACCUCAUCUCUUUGGUGAAUCUGGAGGAUUACCUGGUUUCUGUGGGUGAGGGACCAUGUUAAAUCCACCCACCAACCCAGGGGGACCCGUCCCUCUGCUGUGCUUCCUUUGUACCUUUAUGUGGCACUUAACUACGUCCUUCCCAACACUAAGUAUGGCCUUUGUCUCAUUUCCCUGUUGGAUUGUAAGCUCCAAAGGCAGGGACCUCCCUCUUUCGUCUUUGUGUGUCGGCACCUAGCCCAGUGUCUGGUACAUGCCAUGUGCUCAAUAAAUGUUUAUGGACAGAAA